UCCACCGUUAGUGUCGCCGGUGCCACCGGAUGGCGAGCUUAGUUGGGGUAUAAAGGGCCCGUGCUGUCCUCAGCAGUCACUCCGCAAUCCCUGUCGGCCGAUCACACAGUUCCAGCACACUUCCCAAACUCGACAUGAAGCUGGUCAUCCUCCUCGCCCUGGUGGCUGUCGCUGCUGCCAGCUUUUCUCCCUACCACAGCAACAACUACUACUCCCCAUACGGACGCGGCAUCGGAGGCAACUUCGGAGCCUUCGGCGCAGGUGGUUUCAACAACUUCGGAGGCUUCAGCGGCUUCAACAAUGGGUUCAGAGGCCUCGGCUCCUUCAACAGCGGAUUCCAAGGUCUCGGCAACUUCGGACGUCUCGGCUUUGGUAUUGGCGGACAGUUUGGACAAGGAGGCGGCUACGGAGGAUGCUCUUACUGCGGAUAAGCCACGAGGAAAACACGGGGACUGAAAAAUCACCUAACGAACGUUUGUCGAAAUGUUAAACUGCUUGUGUUGAUUCCUUGUCGGGUUUCUACUUAUCUCUUAUUCGGAUGUAUGUAAGAUCGUUUGUGUUUGCAUUUCUUUGCGUGCCUGCCUUAAAAAUAAACUUGAACGCAAUGGCAAUCAGAGUUCUGAGCUACCUAUUGCGUCCAAAAUCCAAAUGUGCUUAUGAUGCAAGAAUGGCAAUGCAUCGAAAGGCAUUAUGCUUCGCAAGCAACUCCUAUGCAGUUUGCUAUUUCAGCGGCUGGCAUAAUCUUGCACAGCCUUACACAGAAGGGUGUCAUACACUAUACCAUAGUAUAUAUUGAGACGGGCUACACACUA